ACAGGGCUGAGAGAGAAAGGUUUGAUACGUAUAAAGGGCAUUGGUUUGCUGGAGUUCUGUGCCUGUAGAACAGCCUGCCCUCUCUGGAUAACUCACACCGUACAUUCAGAGCUGUGCUAGGGGAGGGUCGUUACUGCUGUCUGUAACACUGCGCAGCUCCAGACUUGUCUAAACAAACUUCAGGUUGAAUUCAAGCCCUGACUGGAUCCUUUUUUUUUUGUUCGCUACCAGAGAAAAAGGGGCUUGGAGCAACAGGUGGAUCUCAGUAAUCCGGGUUUGGAUUGUUUCUGGACUGAGCAACGUUGGAGCUGCCUCAUUGACCUGAAUCCUAAGGAGGCUCUUUCUAGUCCCUGGUCCAUUUGCAGGGAGUUUGACCUUGCGGUAUGUAACCCUUUGCUAAAGGGUCAAAGAGGAUGAGUGCAGUCCGCCAAAGGAGUCUGUCUCUCUUCUCUGGGCAUUGUGGCCUGCUCGUGACGUUGGCAGCUCUCGUCGGGCGCUGGUGCCUCUGCGCCGCUUGCCCCAAGCUAUGCGCCUGCUACGUGCCGACCGAAAUCCACUGCACCUUCAGAUACCUCAGCGCCAUCCCAGACGGCAUCCAAACUCAAGUAGAGCGUAUAAAUUUGGGUUAUAAUAACCUGAUGGAGCUAACCAGCACCAGUUUUGCUGGGCUGAAAAAUCUCGAACUGUUGAUGCUUCACAGUAACAAGAUUCAAGAGAUACCAGACAAGGUCUUUCAGGAUCUGCAGUCACUGCAGGUUCUGAAGAUGAGCUACAACAAGAUUAAAGCACUGAAUCGUGAGACUUUCCAUGGCCUUCGCAACAUAGUGCGGUUACAUAUGGACCACAACAGCAUUGAAUUCAUUAACCCUGAAGCAUUCUAUGGGCUCACUUCAUUGAAACUGCUCCACUUGGAAGGAAACAUGCUUCAGGAACUACACAGAGAUACAUUUGUCACUUUUCGCUUCAGCCAGAUCUUCAAAAUGUCUUCAAUAAAGCACAUUUAUCUGUCAGAUAAUGCUCUAACAUCCAUUCCCAGUGAUCUGCUAUCUUAUAUCCCAGAACUUGAAAGCAUCUAUCUGCACGGAAACCAAUGGUCUUGUGAUUGUAACUUGAGGUGGUUAACUGAACUCAAUGAAAGACUACCAGGAACAAUCAAAUGCAAGAGAGACCGAAAUUAUCCAAAUGGUCAGAUCUGUCCUUUGUGCACGUCACCAGGUGUCUCUAGGGGCAAAACUAUUUUACAGCUGCCUCCUUCAGUAUUUGCAUGUGCACCACCAAGUAUCCAAUCUCCACUGAAAAUCAGAAACAGCACUCUUCAAGAAGAGGGGGAUUACGCUGCCGUUAAUGCCAAGGAUUUUGUGGCCCCAUUAGGUCAGAUGAAUUUGAACAUGAGCGAUCAGUCUGGGAAUGGCUGUGAAAUAACUUGCAACAUUCACAGACCCUUAGAAACACCACAGGUAAGCCUGGAUCAAAAAGAAGGCUACGUGCUGCUAAACUCUUCCCUGUCAACCUUCCUGGUCUGCUAUGUCGACUAUGAACAGAUCCAACGGCUUUGGGGCAUCUUGGCAAUGUACACUGAUUCACCUCUACGACUUGAGAAGGAUACAUUGCUGAGCAAAACACCGUACAUGAGUUAUCUGUAUAAACAGUCACCGGCCUCGGACUUGCACCAGUUUACUGGUGUUGAGAUGCAGAUCAGGGCAGAUCCCGCGUGGCUAAUGCAAGACGAGAUCGCCCUGCAGAUGGACAGGACUCGGACAACGUUGAACGUUUUGCAAAUCAAGUAUCAGGUAGAGGUUCAGAUUAACUUGCAAGACCUAGAAGCUAAACCUGGGAAAAAUAGUUGGGUGAUGAUAAAGAAAGCCAAAGAUGCAAGAAUGGAGCACUUUGUGGUGGUAGGUGGGACAGUGGAGUUGGAGUGCCAAGCCAUUGGUGACCCCAAACCCAUCAUUGCAUGGAUACUUCCAGAUGGCAGCAAAGUGCGCGCUCCAUACAGCAGCGACGAUAGCCGGAUUUCAGUCAAUGCAGAUGGCAAGUUCGUACUAAGGAUAGCUGACCUAUACGACACUGGCAUCUAUCAUUGUGUGGGAACCAAUUACCAAGAUGCAGAUGUGCUGAGCUUCAGAGUUAUCAUUCUGGACCCUAAUGUGGUAGAGAGCUAUAUAAAUGGCCCUUACAUUUCUAAAUCAGGUGGCGACUCAAUCCUUCUGCCGUGCCAAGCAACUGGCAUUCCAAAUGCAUCCAUUAGUUGGGUUCUCCCUGACCAUAGAGUAUUACAUCAAACAACUGGGAGUAAGGAGAUAACCCCAAAUGGGACUUUAAAGAUAAAAAAGCUAACAACCAGGGACAGUGGCUAUUACAGGUGUUUGGCCGCGAACCGAUAUGGAAUUGAUCUCUUGGCAUUACAACUGAUGGUUACUGGGUCCAGAAUUUCUCCUGAGAAUGAAAUUGCUGAAAGUAACGCCAGGGCAGAGGGAGACUUUGGAUCCGGGGAGAGUGAGGAAGACUUGCUGGAGUCUGAAGAUUUGCAGCAUGAUCAGUUCUCUUCUCAGAGUACCUCAGAGGACGAGACAUACUCUAUUACGACCAGCAGUUCACAGCUCACACCUCACCCGGAAACAAGCACAGCAGCCACAGUUACCCCCAGGAGGAGAAUUCAUGGCAGUGGCGCAAAACCACAUCGGUGGCCUAACCGUAGACUUUUGAAACAACCAAGAAGGAGAGUAGACCCUCAGCACUGGGCAGAGUAUCUGGCAAAGGUCAGAAAAAAAGUCUCCACAAAAACCGCAACACGUAAAAUCACCAUCAAACCUCACGUGAAAGAUUUGUCAUCAGAGACAACAGCUGAUGAGGAAACAUCAGGGGUUGACUUGGAAGAUGCAGAAGAGAAAGAACUUAUGGUGGUAGUAACCACACCACCUACCGUUGUUUCAAGUAUUCCAUCACAUCCUAUCACUGAGACGUCAACUGAAAUUGGUCCACAGUUGAAAUUAGUUCUUCCGGUUGUAAAGCAAUUUCACACAACAAAGCCAGACACAAAAGCUGUAGCUCCUCCAAUUCUAAAGGUGGCUACAGAUUCUAGUUUGUUUCCAAAGGUAACAGAGACCAUUACUAAAAAGGAAUCUAUCAGAGUGAUAUCCCAGAGGCCAACUGCAACUCCGCAUGUAUCUGAACCACCCGAAGCAAAUGCAGAACUUCAGCUGACAAUUUCUAGCAAUUUUAAGGAGCCCCAUUACAUGUCAACUCCGACGCCAAUACCGUUGACCGUAGACACACCAAAGGAGCACACGUCAUCAAUAACUUAUACAACAGGAAAGGUUGACCUUGUGGCAGUGUCACAAAGUGAGACUGAAAGGCUGCGUGACUAUCACACUCACAUUGCAACAGUUACUAUGGCCAAAGAGGAUGGGAAUCGAAUUCUGUUUAAAACCACUCAGAAAAUCACAUCUCCAUUGACUACAUCCCUAUCCACCAUCCUCACUCAGCAGCUUCACAUUAUAAGGGAAGCGACCACUGGUGCUCCAGUUUCCAAACCACAGCGCUUUGAGUGGCGACGGAAAUUCCCCCAUAGACGUCGCUUUGGUAGGCCAGGCAUGUGGAGACACAGGUACAAGAUUGUGAGACCCAAAAUGAGGAGGCCUGCUUGGUCUGAGGAGAGAACAACACUGUCCACCUUGAUGCAUUCUGAAGCCUCCAGCACAAAUCGCAUGCCCCCUGUUACCCAGGUCCCACUAGGACCUCCACUUCCACAACCAGCACCAGUGCCAAAUGGAUCAAGUACCAGGUCUGUGCAAGCAUCCGUCCAGCAAUCUGGAGAUUUGAGUGCCGGUGAAGCUACAACCAAACACACCCGCAUUUAUCCAAUGGAAGAAAUGCAAAGAGUUAGUGAUCCUGAGGUGGGAACGACCUGGUCACAAUGGGUGACUGGGGCUGAUGCUGGAACACAAACUCCAGAGUCUGAAACCACUACACAGCUCACUGAGACUAGUUCAGUUGCCAGAACAACACAUACUAGCGGGAGAUUACCAGGAAGGUCACCUUAUCUUGACCUUCUCUCUACGCCUACUGUGAUGACUGCCAAGCCUUCAACACAGUCCUCCAAGAUUGUUCGUGAGAAGAUCCCUUGGAAUCGGCUUUUUGGAGUGAAAAAUCAGAAGGAUGCUUUGAGAAGGCUUAGUAAGCCCAUCAAGAGUUCCCAGGCCAAAACUGCUGCUCCUAAAAUGUCUAUCAUUUUAACAAAGCCUACUCCUCACAGUGUAAUGGCAUCGCAGGCUGUAGGAGGCUCACUGAAACCCCACAUCUUGACAUCAAAUCCCAAUAGCAACCAAAUGAAGCUAACUACGAAUCUCCCUGCUGUUUUCCUCCAUACUCCUUCAACAACAAAUCCACCAACAACAGUUACAACCAUUCCCAUCACUGCAGAGACUGUAACCACCACUGCAGCCACUACCCAAACAACUCACACCACACGCAGAAUGGGACUCCGUCGGAGGAUAUCAGGCAAGUUUAAGAGACCAAGGAAGCGUAUACAACCAUCAUCACGAGCAACCCUGAGGCGUAAUCGCUUGGUGACAUCAGCAGCUGAAAGUAGAAAGAUGCGUCCAACAAAAACUAGGAUUCCAUUAUCUCCAGACACUUCAGUACCCACUGAAGCAUCUCAUGAUGUUGCCACUGCAGUUAACACUGCUGUCAAAGAUGCACAAUCAAACAAGCCUCUUUUAACCUCAGCUGGAGUGAAUCCAACUACAAUCACAAGGCAGUAUAAUUCUAAAUUUCUCCAUCUGCCGAGCAAUGCCCUCACCAGUCAGUCAACUGUAAGGCCACUCAACACAACCAAUCCAAUAACCCUAGUCCCAUCUACUUCCAAAACCACGGCAAGGAGAAUCCCAAUUAUUAAACUUCAAUCAUCCACCAUCACAGAGGCAACUAGGUGGUCUACCAUCCAAAAGAUAAUUCAUCCUACCAAAAUGACGCUGUUGCCCCCAGCUACUGAAGCCACCAGUACCACCACAACCAUUGCACCAUCCACUGAUUCAAGUGUGCUUUCUACAACUGUGACUGCCAGCUCCAACCAGUCACUGAUCACUGCCAGGUCUCCCCCCAGGACCGUGUCCAGAUUCCGCAUCACCUUACGCAGGUUUACCACAUCUGAGCCUCCGAAGCAGGCCCAACCUCUGCUGCCAGAAUCCAGGAUAGAUACGCCACUUUGGCAAAACCUGCAGACCAAAGCCAUAAGCACUGUGCAAACAAGUACUGAGACUAAAUGGGAAACACCACUGGGCUUUACAGAGGGGCCAACCAGAUACAGAGUGGCACCACCCAAAUUGGAUGGUGAUCUUGAAAACACUAUAGGGAAUGAAGGUGGUAAAGAUGAUGUUUUCAACAGGUCCAAUGCUUUGUCACACAACAUCAUCGCUGUGGAUCCCAUGAGUCAGAACCAUCCCUCCAAACCCAGACUGAUUGGUGGAAACACAGCCAGUUUCACAUUUGUGGCAGAUUCUGAUGCAUUUAUACCAUGUGAAGCAACCGGGAAUCCACUUCCCAUCAUCAGUUGGACAAAAAUCUCAACAGGUGCAACGGUCACAGCUAAAGUCAAACGUGGCAAUAAAUUUGAGGUCUUUCCAAAUGGCACACUGACCAUUCAGAAAAUUACAGUUCAGGACCGUGGACAGUACCUCUGCAUAGCAGAAAACCAGUAUGGCUCGGAACGACUUCUGGUCACUCUCUCUGUGGUGGCUUACCCUUCGAAGAUAUUAGAACCUCGAAUGAAAGACAUCAUAGUCCAUGCUGGGUAUCCAGUGGAGAUGAAGUGCCGAUCUCAGGGAAGGCCAGCUCCAACAAUCUCAUGGAUCCUUUCCAACAGGACCCUGGUGAGGAACAGUAGCCCAUUCAAUGGGAGAGUCUCAGUGUUGGCUGAUGGCACCCUCAAGAUUAAAGCAGUCACCGUGUAUGAUCAAGGGAAUUACAGGUGUGUGGCCAGUAAUCCGGCCGGUAUUGAUACAGUAACUGUUAGGAUGCAAGUGGUCGCUCAGCCCCCAGCUAUCCUGGAAGCAAGGCAAGACAGUGUCAAAGGUGAAGAAGGGCAGAACAUCAGACUACCCUGCACCGCUGUAGGAACACCUACACCUUCUGUCCGUUGGAUGAUCUUUGAUGGCACCGAAAUCCAACCUUUGCAGUUUAUCAAUACAAAAGUAUUUGUCUUUACCAAUGGGACACUUUAUGUCAAAUCCUUGACUCCAUCAGACAGUGGGAAUUAUGAAUGUAUAGCUACAAGUUCGACUGGAUCGGAAAGGCGAGUUGUAAGUUUAAUGGUGGAACGCAAACACGAGAUCCCUAAGAUUGUUUCUGCUUCCUCGAGCAACAACAAAGUGAACUAUGGAGAUAAAUUACAACUCCACUGCUCAGCCACGGGCAAUCCAAAACCCAAAAUCAUUUGGAGAUUACCUUCCAAGUUAAUUGUGGAUCAGUGGCACCGAAUGGCGAGCCGCGUCCUGGUCUGGCCCAACGGGACCCUGACGAUCGAAUCGAUCACAGAUCGAGACGCCGGAAUCUACCUGUGCAUCGCCCGAAACAAGGAGGGCGACGACAUGAGGUCACUGAACAUCGAUGUGUCCAUGAAGCCAGCGCUGAUCGAGCGCAAACAGUCCGUUCACAAACACGUCUCGUAUGGCUCUGACCUCCAAGUCGACUGCAAGGCCUCUGGCUUCCCCAAGCCUGAGAUCUCCUGGAGCUUGCCCGAUGGGACAAUGGUCAACAACGUGCUGCAGGAGGAUGACAGCGGCAGGAGGAUCCGCAGGUACAUUGUGUUCGGUAACGGGACUCUCUACUACAAUAAAGUGGGGUUGGCCGAGGAAGGCAAUUACACGUGCUAUGCUCAAAACACUCUUGGCAAGGACGAGAUGAAAGUACACGUGACUGUGGUGACCAUGGCACCACGUAUAAAGAAACCAUACAACAGAUCCCUAAAGGUUACCAGUGGAGGCAAUGCAAUGUUUCAUUGCCAGGCUGUGGGAAAGCCGCUGCCAAGGAUACUAUGGAUGCUCCCCACAAAUGAGAUUAUAUCGUUUUCCAAGAAUCGGUAUCAUCUGCACUCCAAUGGUUCGCUGCUGAUCAAAAACGCCCGUCUCUCGGAUGCUGGGGAGUACAUGUGCAUUGCUCGCAAUCCUGGGGGUGACGAUACAGACCUUUUCCGUUUGGAUGUGGCAUCAAAGCCACCGCUAAUAAACGGCUUGCCCAGGAAUAAGACGGUCAUCAAGGACUACGCAGUGAGGCACAGCCGGAAACAGAUCGACUGCAGGGUCGAGGGAGUCCCCAAGCCCUACAUCACCUGGAUCAUGCCGGAUAACAUCAUGUUGAACGCUCCGUACUACGGGAGCAGGAUUGUCGUCCACCAGAAUGGCACUUUGGAAAUCCGCAACGUCAGGGUUUCGGACAACGCCGAGUUCAUCUGUGUGGCCCGGAACGACGCUGGCGAAGCCAUGCUGGUGGUCAACCUGGAGGUGACCCGGAGACUACGGAGGCCUGUCUUCAGGAAUCCAUUCAACAAGAAGAUCGUCGCAAGUGCCGAGCGGCCCACCAUCCUGAACUGCUCAGCAGACGGCUAUCCACCUCCAGAAAUUAUUUGGAUCCUUCCCAAUGGAACACGGUUCACCGGUUCACACAAGGCAGCCCACUACCAAAUCAACAGCGACGGCACCUUUCUGAUUCACGGCCCUAAUGCCAAGGAUGCGGGCAAAUACCGGUGUGCAGCCAAAAACACAAUUGGAUACAUCGAGAAACUGAUUAUCCUGGAGGUGGGUCAGAAACCCAUCAUUCACACCCGGCCUCUGGGAUUAAUACGCAGCAUGAGCGGGGAUACUUUAUACCUUCACUGUUCUGCCAAUGGUAGACCAACGCCAAAAAUUGUCUGGACUGUGCCCAGUGGCUACAUCCUCAACAGGCCGCAAAUAAAUCCUCGGUAUAUCCUGUUUGAAAAUGGGACUUUGGUUGUUAGGGAAAUGAGCAUCCGUGACAGGGGCAACUAUAUUUGCAAAGCGUACAACAACGCAGGCGACGACUCCAGCGUAACAUCAGUGAUUGUUAUAGCCUACCCACCUCGCAUCGCCAACGGACCCCCCAAAUCGGUUCAGGCCUUCGCCGGCAGAGCUGUCCAACUCAACUGCAUGGCAAUUGGCAUCCCCAGGCCAGAGAUUGUGUGGGAGCUGCCAAACCACAGGGUGCUUUCCACAUUCAGCAAGGGCCAGCCGACCAGCAGUGAGCUCCUGCACCCACAGGGAACACUGGUGAUCCAAAAGCUAUCGGCAAAGGAUUCAGGGACAUACAAAUGCACAGCCAAGAGCCAACUAGGCAGUGACUCCCGACUGACAUAUAUUCAGGUCAUAUGAAGCGACUGCUCUUCAUAAAUACAUCUCUAUAUUCUUAUAUUCAUUUUUGAAUAUAUAUAUUUCCUAUAUAUAUCUAUGUAUUUUUUACAGAGAUUACUAUUAUACUUUGAUGUUCACAGUUAAGUCUAUGGACUGAUUCUUUUCAGUCAAGAAGGAAAUAUUUUGUUUCCCUGAAUAAAGAGAUCUACGAAACAACGCCUACACAUGUUUGGGUGGGAGGGGUGAAAAUUUAAAGUAAUGUGUUUAUCAGAAAACUGUUGAGAUUGAAAGAAACUCUGCUUUUACAGCUGUCCCGGUCUUACCCUCCAUUGAGAGCAACAUUGGUGUAAAAAUCAAUGAUCCAGCUGAUCCCAUUGGAUUCCAGUCAGGAUGUUGGCAAAACAUUGGCCCUUAUUUCAAGGGGUUUGGAAUAUAAGAGUAAGGAAGUCUCACUGCAACAGUACAAAGUGCUGAUGAGACCACAUCUGGAGUACUGU